AUGCUUCCACGCACCAAGUACAACCGCUUCAGGAAUGACUCGGUGACAUCGGUCGAUGACCUUCUCCACAGCCUGUCGGUGAGCGGCGGCGGCGGCAAGGUCUCGGCGGCGCGCGCGACCUCGGCGGCGGCCCCCUACCUGGUGUCUGGCGAGGCGCUGCGCAAGGCGCCCGACGAUGGGCCCGGCAGCCUGGGUCACCUGCUCCACAAGGUGUCCCACCUGAAACUCUCCAGCUCAGGCCUCCGCGGCCUGUCGUCGGCCCGGGAGCGGGCGGGCGCGCGGCUCUCGGGCAGCUGCAGCGCGCCCAGCCUGGCCGCCCCUGACGGCAGCGCGCCCCCGGCGCCCCGCGCUCCGGCCAUGAGCGCCGCCAGGAAGGGCCGGCCCGGCGACGAGCCGCUGCCCAGGACCCCCCGGGGAGCGCCGCACGCCAGCGACCAGGUGCUGGGGCCCGGAGUCACCUACGUGGUCAAGUACUUGGGCUGCAUUGAAGUUCUACGUUCAAUGAGGUCUCUUGACUUCAGUACAAGAACACAAAUUACCAGGGAAGCCAUCAGCCGUGUUUGCGAAGCUGUGCCCGGUGCCAAAGGAGCCUUCAAGAAGAGAAAGCCUCCAAGCAAAAUGCUGUCCAGCAUCUUGGGGAAGAGCAACCUCCAGUUUGCGGGGAUGAGUAUCUCUCUGACCAUUUCCACUGCCAGCCUGAACCUGCGGACGCCCGACUCCAAACAGAUCAUAGCAAACCAUCACAUGCAGUCCAUCUCCUUCGCCUCUGGGGGGGAUCCGGACACAACAGACUAUGUGGCAUAUGUAGCUAAGGACCCUGUGAAUCGCAGAGCUUGUCACAUUCUAGAAUGCUGUGAUGGGCUGGCCCAAGAUGUCAUCGGCGCCAUCGGACAAGCCUUCGAGCUCCGGUUUAAGCAAUACCUGCAGUGUCCUUCCAAGAUCCCUGCUCUCCACGAUCGAAUGCAGAGUCUGGAUGAGCCAUGGACAGAAGAGGAGGGAGAAGGCUCCGACCACCCGUACUACAACAGCGUCGUAAGCAAGAUGCCUCCUCCAGGAGGGUUCCUUGACGCUCGACUGAAAACCAGACCCCAAGUUCCUGACACAGCCCAGUUUGCAGGAAAAGAGCAAACGUAUUACCAGGGAAGACACUUAGGAGACGCGUUUGGUGAAGACUGGCAGCCAACAGCUGUCAGGCAAGGGUCAUUGGACAUCUACAGCAUGCCAGAAGGGAAACUGCAUAUAGAACCCACAGGAGAAGCGCCCACCUAUGUCAACACCCAGCACAUCCCACCGCAGGCAUGGCCAGCUGCCGCCAUCAGCAGCACAGAGAGCAGCCCACGGAAAGACCUCUUUGACAUGAAACCUUUUGAAGAUGCUCUCAAGACCCAGCCCUUGGGGACCGUGUUGAGUAAGGCAGCCUCCGUGGAGUGCCUCAGCCCCGUGGCACCCAGAGCCCCGGACGCCAAGAUGCUGGAGGAACUGGAGGCAGAGCCUUGGUACCAAGGAGAGAUGAGCAGGAAGCAGGCAGAGGGGCUGCUGGAGAAAGAUGGAGACUUCCUGGUCAGGAAGAGCACUACCAACCCGGGCUCCUUUGUCCUCACGGGCAUGCACAACGGCCAGGCCAAGCACCUGCUGCUGGUGGACCCAGAAGGCACGAUCCGGACGAAGGACAGGGUCUUCGACAGCAUCAGCCACCUCAUCAGCCACCACUUGGAGAGCAACCUGCCCAUUGUCUCUGCUGGGAGCGAGCUCUGUCUCCAGCAGCCUGUGCAGAGGAAGCAGUGA